GGCGGGCGGACCUCGCCCUGAAUAAUAAAGAUACCCCGAAAACCACCAUGCGAUUACGGUAGCGCCUCCGAGCCGAGACCACCGACCGAUCCCGAGCAGCCCUCCACCCACGACAGCCGGACCAACAACCACCACCUCCACAACCUCCUCCGCACAACCAACGCCAUGGCCAAGCUCCCAUCAGCCCUCCUCCCCGGCAGGGCCCCCUCCUGCCUGGGCUGCGGCAGCGCCUUGCGCGCCCCCACACUACACCCCCUCCUCUCCGCAACAUUCAGCGCACCACGGCGGCCAUCCCUCGCCAGCACCGCCGCCACCGCUGCCGCCGCCGCCGCCUCCCAGGUCCGGCACGCGACGCUGAUCCGGCGCCCGCAGCGCCCCUACACCUUCACGCAGCUCGUGCAGCUGUCGGACGGGAGCACCUACACGGCGCGCACGACGAGCCCGCACGGGACCUACAGGUCGGUCAAGGACACGCGCAACCACGCGCGCUGGCAGCCGUCGGACCGGUCCCUGCGCAACGUCGAGGUGGACGAGGCCGGCAAGCUCGCCGCCUUCAGGGACCGCUACGGCAGGGGCUGGGACGCCGCCGCGGCCCCGCCCGACGACAGCAUGAACGCGGAGGAGCGGGAAAAGGCGCAGAAGGAGCUCGACGCGCAGGAGGAGCUCGACCUCACGGCCCUGAUCCAGGGCUACGCCUCGGCCGCCGGCAUCGAAGGCCAGAGCGGCAUGAACGCGAAGGAGACGGCCAAGGCCGAGAGGAAGAAUGCGAAGAAGGGCAAGAAAUGAAAGGCCCUGAUUUUUUGCGGUAGUACCAAGAUACCGUAUGAACAAGAAACCCUCCAAAGUCGACCAAAUGCCGGCCCGUAGCAUACUCAAUUGAAGCAAUGCGUGCCAGCUCAUGAUGUCUUUUUCCAUCUCAUUCACGGAUGAAGAAUGUCAUACUGUUAAGUGGUCUCAUGGGAGUGUGUGUGCUGGCUGCGCAAAGACGGG